UUUCCACAUGCGGACACCGAACGCCGCAGUCGACGCACGCGAGAACUGCAGCGGACAAACGCGAUUGGUGCCGAAGAGGAUACGAGUGAUUCCGCAACACAGACAGAGGCAGAGCGGGUGAAAGGAGCUGAGCUGCAACUCAGCCACAUGUCUAAAUUAACCAAUUGGACCAACUAAUGCCUGAAUUUGUUGCUUUAAAGGACGAGGACGCCAUUAAAGUAUCCAAAGAAGACCGGGAUAUUAGUAUGAUUAGCUCGUUCAAGAUUUUACUGGAAAGCUAGCGGAGCUCAACCGGCAAAUUCAAGCGGAGCCAAAGGAGCACAACAGUUAGCUAGUGGUAGCCUGUUAGCCAUCCGUUAGCUAGGAAGCCGCUAACCCCUCCACUCACACCAGGCACCUGCACGCCUGUGGUACAGCUAAUUAACCGGUAAUAGCCUUCACAGGUGUGUACACCGCCCUGAAAUUUACCACUGACGGAAAAAAGGAGGGGAGGGAGAACCGUGACAGGUUGAGGUCGGGACCAAAAGCAGGACGGAACCAGCGGCGUCCUCAAGUGGCCGUUCACCAUGGACAACGCACACACAAAGACGGUCGAAGAAGUUUACAGCUUUUUUAACGUGAACGAAAGUACGGGACUGAGUCUGGAGCAAGUGAAGAAACAGCGGGAGCGAUUCGGACCGAACGGUAAGGAGGUGGCUGACAUGAGUACGAUGUGAAACAUGUAGCUUCACUUUGCCGGUGUCAUGGCCCGUGGCCCCCGACUUAACGGGCGACAUGCCGGACAAAGUGUUGACGUCACGAUCUUUAUGUCGAAAUACUCGAAAGUCACUCCUGAAACUCAAAACAUCCUGUAGUUUACCAUGUUAAUCUGUCCAUUGUUAUUAUGCUCUCUCUAAAAAUAAGUUUUUGUAUUAACCGUUUGUUCGUCUCUCCUGUCUUCGGUCUCGCUGCCCGGAUCUGCAGAACUUCCAGCUGAAGAGGGUGAGUUGAGCAAUGUGUGAACACCGACCAGCCAUAACAUCAUGCAUAUCUGGGCAAUUUAAUGCAUUAUGUUAAGGUAGGACUGGACGAUUUAAUGAUCGGGAUAAGUUUCAUUCCGAUCACGGUGAUCAGCUGUGAGCUCAUUUAUCCGAUAAAACUUGGCGAUAAUGUGCAUCAUAGCUGAUCACCGUGAUCGGACUGAAAUUUAUCACGAUCAUUAAUCGCGAUCAUAUAAUCGCCCAGUCCUGCAUUAUGUUAAGGUAGGACUAGGCAAUUAUAUGAUCGUGAUAAAUUUCAGUCCGAUCAGCUGUGAGCUUAUUUACUGAUCAAACCUGGGGAAAAUGUGCAUCACAACAGCCAAUGAGAGUCGAGCUUUUUCUGCAUGUCUGUAAGUUGCUGGACAAGAAAACAGAGUAACUGUAGAGCUGAGGGCAGUAAAAUAGAUUUCAGCUAUGACUUUGAGUCAUCCUCCAAAGAUGUUAUUGUUGAGAAGUUAUUUAACGUCUUGUUUAAUAUUUAUCUAUUUAAUUUUUAGUUUUAAGUACAGAUGCUUUCAAACUGGCAGUUUAAAAAAAAUGUGAUAAUAAUCGUGAUCAGACAAUAUGACAAAGUAUAUUGUGGUCAUCUUUUUGGCCAAAUCGCCCAGUCCUAUGUUAAGGCCGGUCGGUGCAGAUGUCUCGGUCUCUUUGAUAAACUGACUGUAAAUAAUUUCAUGUAUUCUCUAUGUAUAACUCUUGUUUUUAGGAAAAUCUCUAUGGGAACUGGUAGUUGAACAGUUUGAAGAUUUGCUUGUGAGGAUCCUUUUACUUGCAGCCUGCAUAUCCUUUGUAAGUAUGACACAAAUUAAACUUUGAACUGUAGAUAUGAUUUAUUCAGUGUACAUUUUAGGUAAAAAUGAAUAAGAGAGAGCUGUGUUUUACACUGACCAGCCAUAUCUAACUCAAAACAACAGCUUUCCCAUAAAUACUGCUCCCACAAAACUUUUCAGUUAUUUCACAUCCUCACAAAUUAUUGAAGUUAUAGAGGGUUUAGCAUUUUAUUGUAAGGUAUUUCUUCUUUUUUUAACACUUUAUUUGUAAUUUUCAGUUAACAUAUAAAACAAUCAUAUUCUCUGUAUUACAAGUAACUACAAAAAACAGUCCCGACAAUAUACAGAGACAGCUCAAAAAGGAAAAAAACAAACAAAUAGACAAACAAAACAAAAAACAGCAAGUGCACUUAAUACUUCUUAUGGAAUUUGUUCAAGGGUAGAUGUAAUGAUUCAAAGUUCCAGUUCCAGACCAGGUAAAUUGUUCACAUAAGUUAUUAGAGGGUCCCAGGUUUUGUGGAAUCUGUUGAUGGAUCCGUUGAGGUUACAUCUGAUCUUUUCCAUCUUAAGGUUCUGCAUAAUGUCCCUAAUUCAGUGGUGAUGAGAUGAAGGAGUAGCAGCCUUCGAUUUGAAUAAAAUCAAGGCAAUGACCCUCUGUAAAUGAGCAGGAAGAUUAUUGUAAGGUAUUUCAAAUAUUUUGUGCCCCCAUGUUUGUUAAUGAAGCGGACAUAAGGUAAAGGAGGACUUUCAGUAUUACAUAGUCCAAUACACAGCCACCACCCACUAGAUCUUAAGUUGUAUAAAUAAGUAUAAUGAAUAUAAACAACAGUAAUCACCCAUCUGAUCGUGUCAACAGAACCUGAAAAUGUAGAAGCUUCCUGAAAGAAGGAUUUGUGGAGCGUCUUUGUUGAAUUGCAUUGCCCAGGUGUUCAUAAUGAUAUGGCUGUUCAGUGUUAAAACCAAACAAAUAGCAUAUGAGUUGACUGCCUCUUAAGUGCUUUGUUAUCAAGCUAAGAAGCAGUUAAUGGCUUGGAGCAUGUUGUCACACUAGAUGGAAGAGGUGUGUUUAACAAAUCUCUUCCGAUUAAGUAGAGAUGAGAUUGGGUAUUUUUAUUCCUAAAGAGUCAGAGGGUAAAUCAUGCUGUGAUGGUCAUCUUUUAUAUAGCCACACACAACGCUCUGCUUAUGCAACACUGGUGCUCAUCUUCAUUGCUAUGUUUCAUUGAGGCUCCAGUGCUGAGGGUUUAAUCCACUGUCUCGACACCGAGGAUCCCUGCACUAAGUGUAUGUCCUGACUGAUCCAGUGCAUACCAGAGUUUAGGGAGCAUGCUCAAAGUGGAGACAGCAGCCAAAGUCUGACUGAUGAUUCAAAACAAAUGACUUAUUUUUUCAUAUAAAUUCAGUCGCAGGGUAUUGGAGGGUGUUGUACUGAGGCAGAUCAUAAAUCAUUGCAGCCUCUUGUUGCCUUUUGUUUCUUUAGGAUUAUGUUGUUAAAAACAAAAUACUGACAUGUUGCUAAUUCUGUAAAGGAAAUUGUGAUGAAGUGAUAGCAUGGCACAUUGCUGUAAUAAGCAGCAUGUUUUCUAUGUUUGGUAAUUUGAAAGCAAAAGUUAAGGCAUCUGUAUGUGCUACAUGCUACUACUCUCUCAUUAUGACUACAGCUCUCACAGAUGACUUGUUGUUCAUGAAAGAACAACAUGACAGGUCUAAAGAUGCGCAGAAAUAACUUGUGCCACUUGUGUUCUUGUCAUCAGUGAGUGUCGAUCUGCGGUGUAGUUUGUUCGACUCGGUGUUAGAGCAACUCUGUGGUCCUUUUCUAUUUGGAUUGGCUGUCAGCCUUCUGUCUGUAAUACCAUCAGUCAUAGAGACACAAUGAUGACAGCCAGCUAUGGUAACAAAGCUUGUGAAUCACUGCUUGUGGGCCAUGGCUUGUACUCAAUUACAGAAGCACACGUAAAUACAUUUACUGAAACAGGAGAACAUUUGGAUUACAAUUAUACAGAAUAAUUCUUAAACUUAAAGUUCUGUGUUCAGUUGCAUAGCAGCUGAAAGAGGCAGCAUUGUCUAUAGACUCUCAGAAUUUAAUUUGAUUCGUGAUUGGCCAUGCUUAAAUAGGUCGGAGUAGAAGAAAAGAGGCCGUUGGCGUAUCGUUUGACACACUUCACUCCUGGCACAGAUUCUAAAAGAGGCAAGAGUGGUUACUACUCUCUUACUCUCUCUGAAAUGACUCUUACACACUUGGCCCAGUUUCUGCAACACUUGCAGAACCUUGCUUGAUAUUUAUUAUGAAUUAUUGAAUGGUUGCAAGAUAUUUAAGACAUGCCAAACUUUGAAUUUCAAAGGGCGGGGUGGACGUAAACAAGUCAUUAGGUGCAAGUCCCCCCAAAAGUGAUCAGAGUCAGGUUUGUUGAAAAUUUAGAUUUUGUGUAAAGGCGUCUUCAAGUGAAAAAAAAAAUGAUUUGGUGAAGGAGUUGUAGUGAAUUUUACAUUGGUGAAUACUCUGAUAAUUAUCCUCAUCUGUCAAAUUGGUAGCAAGCCUCAUUACUAGAUUAUAUUUAGAUAUGACAUGAUUCCGUCUGGCGGAGGUUUACAUAUCUGAAGUUUUCAAACAUAUGUUAUUUAUUGAGGGUGUGUACAAACUCCGUGCAUCCUGUGUUUGUCAUUAAUGCCCAUUUCCUUCUCUCUAUUCUGUGUUUAGGUGCUGGCCUGGUUUGAGGAGGGGGAAGAAACAGUUACAGCCUUUGUGGAGCCUUUCGUUAUCCUACUUAUUCUCAUAGCAAAUGCCAUUGUAGGAGUCUGGCAGGUAUGUGUGUCAUUUAUCAAUGUGCCUUAUAAUUGAGUCUUAAAAAUCUUGUCGUGUUAUGCUAAUGUUGUGUAUUUCUUGAAAUACUUCAACAGUUUCCUGCAAAGCUAAAAAGGUAGUCCUUAUUAUAACUCUGAAUUAAUUUCUUCACAGUGAAUUGCUAGUUGAACUUUGCUUUGUAGAAAGUAGCACAUGAGGUGAAGUCUUGGUGUGCUACAAAGGAGUGAUUGUGUAACUUGCCUAAUGAUGUGAUAUUUUAGCCAACUCUGUCUUAAAAGUUGAUUCACAAAUUAUUUAACUUUGAAUGCUCAAAAUGCAGAAGAUAAGGAUACUGCUCAAACACUUAAAACACUCAUCCAAAUAGCAUGAUAUUAAUGAAGCUAAUUUCAGCUCUAUAAAGAUUUUCUUUGCCACUUAACUGUUGGAAAUGUUAGAGGUAAAAGAAGUCGUCCUAAAGAUGGAAAAUUCUCUGCUGAGGUGUCUUAGCUGGUUAUGAAACAGACAAAAACAACAUUGAUCCCCUUUUAUUACCCAUUAAAGCAAACGUGACUAUCAGCAUAGAGAGUGCUGUACGCUGUGAAGUCAUUUUUCAUGUGUGAAACCCCUGCAGCAGGACUGCUGUCAGACAAAAGAAUUAACUGCACCCAGUUCAAAUAGCCUUAACUCUUACAAUUUUCACAGCAAACAUUUUCAACGGGUGGUACAUUUGACUAUCAAAAGACUGUGGAUGAAUAUUUUUGUUAAACUCACUACUUACCGAUGUACAGAACAAAAUCAGCAGAGAGUUAAGAUGCAAUAAUUAAUAUACAGGGGUCUCAAAGAUGAGCACAAACCAAAUAUUCAUAAGACUUAAAUGAGAAUAUUUGUGGUCACAAAAGCUUCAAAUACAUUUGCAAAGAUUUCAAAAACAUUAUGUCCAUGCUGUAUCCUCGCCAUUAAGCUUAAAGGUGCCGCAUAUAUCCUGCUGGACUCUGAAGGUGAAACAUCUGCCAAUGUCAUACACGUCGUCUUGUAUCAGUCACACAGGAAACCUGUCCUGCUCUGCUCACUCCUCACUUCAUGUAUACUCACCCUAAUGUAUUGGCCUCUCACCUUUCUCUGAGAAGGGCAACAUUUAGUUCUCAAAAUCAGUUAUCUGAAAGAUCACAAGUGAAAAUGCUUAUUUAUUUUCCUCUGUGUUUGCAUGUGCCUGCCAAGUCUUAGCUCUCCCUGAGGAGUUACUGUUUCACUUCCUUUAAGAGGCAGUAUUGAUUUGUCAACAUACACUUUAAUUACAGACACAAAGCAUUAGAGCAAAGGCAGUGAUAGUUGUGUAUGGGGGCACUCAUCCUAACAAAGACUGACAUAAUGAAUUGUGCUUGUUUUUUCCUCUCUGGUAUUAUUCCAAUCAAUUAUACAAUCUAAUCUAUAUAGAGUACAUUGAUAUUUCAUCGUGUAAGAUUAGGCAGCUCGAAAAGAUAUCAGGGUGGAUUUAAUUAAUAACUUGUGUAGUCCCUUAUCUGCAUUAUAUAUCACCCCACAUUAUACCUGGUCAAAGAAGACACAUGGGAGUUGUAAUUGAACUGCUCCUGCUGAGACCUGUGUUAUAUAGGAAUUGUUGCUGGUUCUUUCUGGGGUUUUUUUCAGGCCAAAAAAUAUAAUCGAUGACAAAGAGGCAGAAGAGGAUGAAUCUUAUUCUCCUCUGGAAGUAUCUUAUGUCUGUACCUCGAUAAAAUAUGGUAUAAGCACUGCCAUUAAAACUGUCCAUGCUGAGUGCAAUCAUUCAGGCUGGGUGAAGUCUGCAUUAACGGAAAAGUGCAAGAAAAGACUGAUGACAAAGAAACUUGUGUGGGCAAGACAGGGAGACUUGGAGUGUUGAAGGUGUUUUUGUCUUUCCCUCACGGUCUGACAUUUUUUUGGUAUAGAAAGAGGCCCAUCGUGAGGGAAACCCUGAGGAGUAUUCUUUAGUAUCUGAAAAGAAAAACACAUGACCAAGGCAAAAGUUCUCCUUCAUUUCUUUCAGCCUUUUAUAAAAUACAGCCGUGUUUACAUAACUCUGCUCUUUACUCUACCAUAGACCACUUGUCGGAUGUACUUAGUAUGUGUGCUGCUUUUGUCAUGAAGUCUGCUCCUGUCACCAUUCAAGAAGCCAUUUUUAUUCAUCUUUAUUUUCAUUCUAUACUUGUCCGGCGUAUUGCUUAAUAAUUAAUUCUACUUUUCAGGAGCGAAAUGCAGAAAAUGCGAUUGAAGCACUCAAAGAGUAUGAGCCAGAAAUGGGGAAGGUGUACCGCCAAGACAGGAAGAGUGUCCAGAGAAUCAAGGCCAGGGACAUUGUGCCUGGGGACAUUGUUGAAGUGGCAGGUAAGAUUCAAAGAAAAACUAUGCCUACCUUUUCUUGGAUGGCUUUGGAUGACCUUUCAUUUCUCUCUCUUUUUUUUUAACUCUUGCCACCUGCUUCAGCUCUUAAUUUCAGGGAGCAUAAAGUUGAAGGUAGAAAAAAUGAAGAACUUUUUAGCUGCUGGGACAAGCUGGUGGCCUUUAAGUCAGUCUUGUCGACUACAUUUUGACAAAAAAACAAGAAGAUUGAGUCCCCUUGCAGGCUGUCCAUUACUCUGCAUUUUCCAGUGGACUAGAAGUAAUAAAAGACAUCAUUCAACAAUGUUUGUUGUAACAUAAGUAUUGAAAAGCCUGUCUUAACAUUGGUUUGAAAAGAAUAUAAUGCAGCAAAGGUAACGGUUUGCUGUCACAGAGAAAUAUAACACCAUCACUAAAGCUCCUAUAAAAUAAAAGUUUAACACGCUGCAGGUUAUAAAAUGCCAACAAGAUCAGUCCUUUAGGCAGAAUGUUUUGACAACUUUCAACACAGUAUAACUUCCCUCCUCUAUUUCUUUUAAUAUUCCAGUUCACACCGGCUAAAACCAAAGAUAGGAAAGCAUGACUGACAUCAAUUAUAGUUAAAUUGUUAUUAGCUAAGUGUUACAGUUACAGUUUCCAUCUCCAGAACCAUGUGGUGGUUUGAAAGAUGGCUGAGUUUUGUGGGCUGAUCGAAAUGACAGUAGCCUGGCUUGUAGCUUUAAGUGACUCAGACAAGUGUGAAAGAUGGCCAGUAGUAGCUGUAGUCAUUUCGCUAUUUAUCAGGUUGUCAAACACAAGCUUGGGCGCUAGCAUUAAAUAUAUCUCACACUCCUUAUGACGGGAAAGGAAAAGUUCUGACAUUGAGUUAGAGAAAUUAAACUUAGGUGGUCAAAUACUCAUUUUUAUGUCCACAGUCUGUGGUCUUGUAAAACAGAAGAUAAUUAUUUUUUCAAUCUGUCUUCCUUCGUGAUUGUCAUGUUCAUUUAGUUUAGUUUUUAGUUUCUUUGAUGUGCUGAACAUUUACAUGGUAUUUGUAUUUUUUAUAACAAGAGAGAGAUGUGAUAAAUUGAAGGCAGAAAUCCAACACACAGAUGUGAUUGUUUUCUGGAGGAGAAGGGAGGAUAACACCGCUCAUAAUUCCUGUAAACAUCUUCAAAAGUUUUAUGACAUUCACUUCAGUGUUCGAAACUCGUAAACACACAGCUGAUCUCUCAUCCUGUUCUAGCCCCUUGACAUUUUCAAAAUAAUGGUCGUCUCAAGUAAGUAAAGUGGUUAUGUAAUAUAAGAGCAGAGGGCCAAUCUGUUCCUGAACCUUUUCUUUUCUUGGCUAACCUCAAUUUAGACAGAGCCACAUGUGUUUAUGCCUUUUGCGUCACUGCUCCUCUUACAGACUGUGUUUUCGCUCAGUGGCCUCUUACUGGCUUGUGUCUUUCCUCAGCUUUUGUUUUCCUUCUCCGUUCCUGCUGAAAAGAUUUAUCUAGCUUUUCUUACCAAUCUCAUCCAAAAGUUACAGUCAUGGAUUCAUUCAGUGAUGCCUUAAAGCAUCACUACUGGAUUUGACUCAGUGGCAUAGAUCUGUACUUCAGUUAAUCACUAUUUCAGUGAGACUUUAGAGCUUUGAAAUGACUCGAUGGCAAAGUUAUAGAGUUCGCAAAUGAGGAUUAGUUUGCUAAUCUUGAAUCUUGGAAAAUAUAUUGGGUAAGAGCGCAUCACAUAAGGACUUGAGGCAACAACUGGUUUAAAUCAUAACUGACACCUCUAUUAUAUCCUGGCAUGCCACACAGUGGAGGAAUCUUCCUCAGUGUAUUCUAUCAUAUGCAAGAUAUCUAUCUAUUUAUCUGUUGUGAAAGACACAAUAAAGCCACUCUAACAGUGAUGAUUUGUAUUUGUUGAUGACUGAUGGAUCUCGGCGUGAACUGUUGCAUUUUUGUGACUUUGGGAAAACACUGUGGAUGGUCUGUCCACCAAGCUGAUCCGCUGCACAUGAUGUGUCAGCAAUUGUGCUAAAGUGGUCGACGUAUAGAUCAUCCAGAUUCCCAUCUUCAAGUUUUCAUUGGAGAGAAGAUGAUUAAAACGGGCUGUCUUGAUUCUUCGUGUGCACACUACAGUCAAGAUUUACUGUCUUCUGGCAGCGAGCUGUUCCAGUAAAUAUACUCAUGAGUCUGAUAGAUUUGCUUCUGAUGUCAUUUAAGUAACAAGGAUAGGGUUCAGCAUUGGAUCUAUCACAAAGUUAAAUGAGCAGAGUCUGCAGAAGCCAACAGAGCUGUGUUUACUUAUUCAAAAAAAACGAUGUUUGCAUGUGUUUGUGCGAACAGCAACAGGGACACGUCUACUUGGCCAGCAAGCUGCUGCGAAAAGCUGUAUGCUGUACCGCUGCAACACCAGGCACAAAGUUUCUUGUCAGAUCUGAAAUGUUGUUUAUUUCCAGCACUUGAAGAUCUUGAGCUAUGAUAAUUUUGCCAUCACAAGCUCAGAUGCUCCUACAGAGAAAGAAGAUAAAUGGUUCAUGGAACUGUGUGCACCGACUGUUUAAAUAACUCUAGCGCUGUGUUGAUAAUGUGCUGUGAUCUGUCUUUCCUUUGAAACACGUAAGAAAAUGCGUACUCUCCCUCCCUUCAUUCCAUAUCAGCCGUCUCGUAGAGUAAGGUAUGACUCUCAUCUGAAAAAUGGACAUUUACAAUAUUUACUUCAUAGUCAAAAGAAAGCCUGACUUCUGCUGCAUUGGCUCCACGGUUGAUUUAGAAUAGUUCACCACAUUUUACCUUUACUUUUCUCUCCCUUUCCUUGGAGAAGGAUGCUAAAUCCUCUUGGCAUCAGUAACACAGUCCUGGGCUGAUGGCUUGAUGAGGAAAAAAUGACCAGGAGUCACUUAUAGGAAAACAUAUUUUGAAGGAAUGUUAACAUUAUUCCCUGAUACAUUUUAGAGGUUGGAUUCUGUGUGUUUGUGCAAACUUUUAAAUUGUUUUGAUUUUACGUUUAAGCUAUUGGUAACUCAUUGUCUUUUUACUUAUCAGGUGAACUUACAGAAGCUUUCAUUCAAAUGUAAGUGAGCACAGAGAACCCUUGUGGACAAAUGAAACCGUAUGAUCAUCAUAUGAUCAAGGUUUCUAUUACUACCAAAGUAGUACAGCUGGAGGGCUUCUUUAGUUGAAGUAACCCACAUACAAGUUAAAAAUAUAUGUACGCUUCUGAGAUUGGCAGCAUCGAUAAUAACCCCAUUUGGAAGCAGCGCUCCUGUUAAUUAGUGGAGGAUACGACAUUUUUAAAUCUGUACCAUUUAGGUUACUUUUAGCUGCUACAUUUACUCCUUGAGUCAACAUCAAAUAUCCUUAACUGUGAACUUAGGAAGAUAGUUUUCCUAUCCUCCUACUGUAUGAAAAUAAAAGUUAUUUUUAUUGAAUCUUUCAGGGGAACAGAACACCAGAUAUAGGUACUUUGCAUACCUUUCCAUUAGGGGUGGGCAGUAUGAUGUAAAAUGUUAUCAUUUCUUUUCUCUCCUGUCUCCCUGUUUGAUUUCAAAGACAUCGAUUAAACUGUUUGAGUUGUGUUUUGUUACUGCUGCUGAAAACAUGUAUCCCCUGUCAUGGCCAUUUCAUACUAAGGGUAUCUCAACAACGUAACAGGAGGAGACUUUGAGUGUCACGUGUAGAAGUGUUUUAAUGAAAUGCAAACUCACCGAGCCUCAGUGGAGCUACAGUUAGCAGCGAUUGCAACAUGUUAGAGUUGCUAGUCUGUUUAGAGGUGACAGCCACAGCCCUGCUUCUCUUAUUCUUCUUGGACUUAAGACAUGAGUCAUCAGGUGAAACAUACCAUCAAGCAGGUAGACCUGUCGUGAAAGAAAUGCAAAUCCUUGCAGUGCUGUUAGUUGCUGACAUCAAAUUUGCAAAGCAAAGAGCACAAGCUUGCAUGAUCACAACAUGGACACUCCACUUUGACAGGGAAAGCUAGUGCCCUUUGGUCAGUGAUCAUGAACAAGCAGGAGACAAGGAAUAUCUUCACAAAUGACUCUAUUACACUACUUCUGUACCCUCACCAUGGCUGCAUUGCUGUUGUGGAGGUAAAUCUCUGUUGUGUGUGCACUAAAGUCAAAAUGUGUGGGUACAAAAUAACAAAACGCACAUUUGAUCUGGUGAUGACAGUAUUGCAUAAUCCGUGUUGUGACAGGACAUAACACUGGUGGUAACAGUACUGAAACCAGUCACCACCCACCCUUACUUUCUCUGCAGGGCAAUGAUAAAUAGUUUUACAAUGAUGUAAUACUGUUAAGUUCUGAUUGUUACUGUACAGUUCACAUGCUAUUCAUACACCAUUUAGAUUUUUGAAUAUUGCCAAAAUGAAUUUGACACCAAAAAGGAGUCUACUGGUUUUAUUUACUGCCAGCACUCCACUGUCGACACUAACAGGCCUUUGUUUCUUCGGUAUCAUUCGUCCUACCUUUUAUUGCCAUUCUGUGUUGGACCAGAGGUUCUCAGUCUGUUUCCAAAGCAAUGACCUUGAUCCUUGUCGCAGCCAAAUCUGGAAUGAAAGGAAUAAAAUGUUCUUUCAUUCCUCUUUACUCCUCUGCUCUGAUUCAAUCUUUCUGUCGGUUUUUGCGCAACUUGGAUGUUACCUGUAUGUGAGAGUCAGUGAUCAUAUCUGAUUUCUUGGCUCUGCCCAGGCUGUGGUGUUAUCUUAAUCCGAGUGUGAGUGACGUUAAUGUUGUCCUGUCCCAGGUGAGAGGAGAUGACAAGACAGGAUGUCAGGCUUAGAAACGUUACAGAGUCUAGUUCAUAAAUAAUUUGGGCUCCAGGCGGCCAAAUGGCCAAAUGUCCUCUUUUUUGUAUGUUAGCAUAAGAAAGCCUGUGUAUUAUCAUCAUCACCUUUGGCUGUUUGACUUGACCUGUCCUUUUGACUACCUGUUCCAUUAGUCCGCCCACUUUGGCUUUUUCUGCAGCUCCUCCUCUUAGAUAUUAGGCUCUAAGGCAGGAUUUGUGUUCCCAAUAUGUCUUGUCUACAGUGUGUAAAGCAUGGAGGUGUAAUGGUGGAGCAAAGUCAUUCUGCUUCUGGUCUGCUGAUGGAGGUAGUAAAAAAAGUGAAAUGGAGGUAAAAUGUUGGUUUAAGUGUAUUUUAGUAGAAUAGGAUCACAUAUCACCUUAAAGGCUGGCAGGGUGGACAUGCACAUACACACACAAAAAUGAUGUGGCUGCUGGCACAGUUGUGUGUCUCUUUAUGUCAAGAUUUGAUCUCGUCGUUUUCCCAUUCAUGAGGGAAGUGAAGAGUCCCCUGGAGGCACGUAGGAACUUGUGUAGGGUCACAUGAGGCUGCAGGCCUACGUGCUAGCAAAUCAGGGAGUCCCAGUCGUUGACAGAAAAAAUAUACAAUCCUCCAAGGCCUUUAAAGUUUCAUAGACCCCCCAAGAAAUAGUUUGUGUUAAAGGGAUUUGUGAGAAUCACCCCAAGAGGCAAAGUUUAGUUUUCAGUCUCAGGGGGAAAGGAUGUCAAUCAUUGUACUUUUGGGGUAGAAAAAAUAGGAAUUCAGAUCAGAGAAAAGGUAUGCAAAUAACUUAUUCAGUAUGUCUUCACAAGCUUAUAUGGUUUUACAUUUAUGCAGAUUAAAUAGCAAUCCCUAGAGUGUCCCUUGCUCCAGGGAAUAGACGGCAGAUAAAAGACUUUUCAUAUGAGAGAAACAAAGUUCCUUGUCCUGCAGGCCGUCCUUUCUCAGGAAAAAUGAGAGCGAAAAAAAAAGUGUGUGAUGUAAGAUGAAGGGAGAGAGCCGAGCGGUUUAGCUCGGGUUGAAACAGCUGAAAAUUGUGCGUCACUGCAGGUUAUUUCUGAAUGUGACAGCAAAAAAGAAAAAGGAAAAAAAACUGUAUUCAUUUGCCAAAAAAAGAGCAUUAAUAAUAGACAAACUGUUGGAGUGAUUUCCACGGUCACAUUACUAUUGACCAGAUGAUUGAUUUCCUCUCUCUAAAGUGGUGUGUUCAAUAUUCCAAGGAGACAAUCUACCUAAGUUUGGAUGUCAAGAUACAUCAUCGUACAUGUAUUUGUUUAGUUUUUUUCUUAAUACAUAAAGGUUUAAUUUAAGGGCCUGUAAAAUAACAAACAGGUCUUUACGUAUUUCUUUUCAACUGUCUCUCUGUCUGUAAAACAGGAUGGUUCUUCAUGCAACUUGGAGCUGUAACCUGAUUCCCUGUAUACACUAGCAAGUGGUAAAUAAGGGGGUGUUUUACACAUACUUAAAGAGAGGAGGUCAUCUAACUGGUUACUUUUUAAGACCCCCCCCCCCAACUAUCCUGGGUUUGCCUCUGUGGUCUACAUCCUCAUCCCCUUCACUGUCUCUUGUCAGUGAAGAGGGAUGUAGUCUGAAGGCAAGCCAGGUGAUGAUGAAGAGGUUCUGACAGCAUCUGGUCAGAAACAGGACCAAAUUUGGAAGUGCAGCUGGUCCGGUACGGAAGCAUUAUCACUCACCAUGAACUCAGGGUUAUCACAUGUUAGUGUAUUUACAGUAGUCUGAUAACUGUUCUUUGGAUCGUUUGUGAAACGAUGCAGUGAUGUGUUCGUUUUGCUGGUCCUGUAAUUCCUAGAAAUCCCUCCUCUUAGUGUCCGUGUUCGAGGCUUAGUUAUAUCAGAUUUUGGGGAAUGAAUGAAAAGUCAGUAAGCAAAGAAACAUCCCACUGUUUCUAUUUAAACUGAAAUGACGGAGAACAGGUUUCCUCACUUAAAACAGAAGUUCCUAUCAGUCCCCCCUCCCCUCCAAACCAGUUCCCUUCCCCCAGUUUUGCAACUGAUCAAAAUAGUUUUCCCAUUUUUGGACGUGUGUUUUGCAGGACUCAUCUGAUCCCUCUUCUCAUUCUCUCCUCUCUAACAACCCCCCUCUCUCUUCCUCUCCACUCAGAAGGGCACCGCAGAGGCCCAAGAGUUGGUUUACAUGUCUGUCACCACUGUCCGCAGAGAGAUCUGUUGAGAGCCUCUGGGUCAUUGCUCUGUAAUGCUUUUGCUUUCAUCCUUUCAAGCUGGAUGAUAUCUUACUGUAAGCUGAAACCAGUGAUUCACCGUCUUAACAUUACAUUGUACUCUACAAUAUCAUUAAAACUCUCUAUAAAGUCAUAUAACUUUAUAAAGCACUUUUCAAAAUAGAGCUACAGAGUGUAGGAUAGAAACAGAGACGAUGAAUGAAUGAUUACAGCUACAAAGAUGACAAAACAAACAGCAGCAAGACAUCAAAACAUAAGCCACCCAUCUUAUUUGUUUUAACUGGGUCCAGACAGAGAUGUAAUUGUUUCAUAACUUUUUGUUGAUACUUUAUCUCAUUCUGUUAGUUUAUAAAACCUUCAAUACAAACAAGGAGAAAUCUCAAACAUGUGAAUGAAAAGGAGCAGAGAGAUAACUUCAGACAUGUAACGAAAAAGAGACAAAGGGAUCAAGAUCAUCCUGAUCAAUCGUUACUUAUUUGCGAUCACCUAUCAUUGCUUGAAUUUGAGUGCCCCUUGCUUUUUACUUUCCAACCCCUUCCAUUUUGCUUAUUGUUACUCCACAUAAAUAUAGUUUUUAACAGGGCUGUGUAAUAACAGUCCUUCAAGAGCCUCCUCCUUCUUUAUGGUUAAUGAACUGCCCUCAAUCCAAACAAAAGUGUAAAAUUUGCCUGUCUCAUUCAUGAAAUCGACUAGUCAGCACAUUAAUGUAAGGACAUUAAAAGAUAAAGUAGUCUUGGUAAUCAAGACAUUUUCAGAAUAGUUAUUCACACACCUAGACUAGAGAGGGUGGCUAAUUACUGGGAAAUUUUCAUAUUUUGUUUAUCAGUAUUCAUGAGGACAAUGUUUUAAUUAAAGUCAUUAAAUCUCCUUGGGACCAGUCAUCAGGAAGUCUCUGUUGGGUUGGGGCAAUUGAUUAAAAUUAAAUAUCAAAAUAAGUGUUUUUUGUUUAUUAAGUUUGUAACCUGAAUAUGUGUCAAAUAUAUCAAGAAGGGCAAAGAGGAUAGGAAGGCAGGUCUCUGGGUUGUUAAUAUGAAUUAAAUCUGUAUAUGAUGCUACUUUGUGUUCUUGAUCAUUGAAUAUAAUACCCUGUUGAUUGUCGCAUGAAAGGGGCGCCUCUGAAACGCUCAUAUUUUUAAUUGUAUACAGUUGGUGUGACGGUCGUUUACCUUGGUUCUUGCUGUAGGGGAUGUGUAUAAGGUUUUAAGAAUGUUAAUUGAUUUUGCUACAAAGCCAAAUCAUUUAAAAACCAAGAACAAGCACUCCCAACUGACACAGAUGCUUUCUCCGCAUCUAAAUGAGCUCAUACAGCUUUAGUUUUUGACUCUUUAAUGCUCUUUGUAUUACAUGGAAAGAAUGUCUAAAACUAUCUUGUGCUCGACGGUCUUGUUUAAACCUACUUUCUGUGUCAGUUAGUCCAGCAACAAAGGUAUCGAACCUCUUCAAAACCUGAUGAAUCUAACCUUUGUGACAAAUGCUCCUUAUCUUCUUUUGGUAUAAUGGGGAUGACAGCUUUGCUCCAGGAUGGUGGGAUCUACAGUUGGUCAAAUGCUUACUUAAAGGAGUUUGAGAGUGUCAGAGUCAAUCCUCCUCUAUAACCAUUCAGCCUGUAGAUCAUCGUUCCCUGGUGUUUAGCCUAAACUUCAAAUGAAAGGAUAGAAGGAAGUCAGAUUCAGGAUACUUCAUUUGUCCUGAUGGUAAAUUCACUAAGAUAGUUUGGUAUUCUUAUAUGCAAAGUUAAUAAAUGUCCGUAGUUUUAAUGGUAACUAUCUGCUGUCAGCAGAGGAAACACUUGCUUGGACUCAGUGUGUAUUUACAUUUUACAUUUGUUUUACUUGGGAUCACUAAAGCCGCGUGUUAGUGGAAAGAAUGAGCAGGGAUCUAUUUGUAUCCUGUGAGGGGAAUGAGUGCAGCAUUGAUAACUUUACUAUGUAUGACUUUCUCUCAGCCUCUCCCAGCAGAUAACUUGAAUUUGAUUAUUUGUCUACCCUCAUGGAGCAUGAGUUGAGAUAAUACGACAGUUUAUUGCAUUUCCGAGCAUUAGCAUCUGCGUGUGUGGUAACUCUGAGUGUUUAUUGCCUUUAUCUUUUAGUGUUUUCUCAUCGCAUGAAAACGCUCUGAUUUCAGACAUGUCCUUUUUCAUGACAGACACCAAAAUUGAUCUUCAGCGUUUAUCUCCUUUUCAUUGCACAAGAGUCAAACUCAAACUCUGAUCCGUGAACAGGUGUCUGUGAAGAGGUACUGAAGUGUCUCCUGUGUUUUGUUGUUUCUGUCAACAGUUGGUGAUAAAGUGCCUGCAGACAUCAGACUGACUUCUAUCAAGUCAACCACACUGAGGGUGGACCAGUCCAUCCUUACAGGUAAAAACACUUCAAACACGGUGUAAGCUUUCAUUGUACUAGCUUGUAUUUUACUAUUACACUUGUAUGAUUCAAUGUACAUUUCUCACAUUCUGGAUAUGACAUAAAUACAUUUCCUUGUGAGACGGAGAGCCCUCUUUUGGUCAACCCUGACACAGAAUGAGAACGAACCAUUUCUUCUUUUGCAUGUGCGUCCUUUUAAUACAAAUGGCUUGAUUACACUGUUGCCAUGGCUAUUCUGUCAAUAUCAACGUAAACAGAAGACAUGAAAGAUGGAGGGGAGGAAAGGAAAACUAGAAUGGACAAAUCUGUAAAUGGAAGAUAAAAGUGGAUGUGUGUGGAAAAUAUAUUUAGGGGGGGUAAAUAGUGGAAUGUAAAAUGAAUGAGAAAAGGGGCCUGUCUGAAUUAAGUCCUUAAGACUCUUGUCUGCCUCUGCUGCCUUAAUUGGUAGCAAAUUCCCUGGGAUAUUUUGGUGUUUCAGCUUUUUUUCCUGCUCUCUUUCCUCCCCAUUCAUGGCUAUACAGCCUGCCUAAUGUUCCCUGUGGUAGACGUUGCACAGUUGAUUACAUGCAUGGGAGAAUAUAGAGCUGGUGUACAUCAAAUACAUAGCUUUAAAGGCAGUGCCUGCUAAGUAAGCCAUGAAGCCAUACCUACACAUACAUGUUAGCUCAGGUGUUAACAAAGUAUGUCAAGUAAAUCUUAUAUAUUUUUGUUUGAUCUGUGUGCAGGAGAGUCGGUGUCUGUGAUCAAACACACUGACCCUGUGCCCGACCCUCGGGCAGUCAACCAGGACAAGAAAAACAUGCUCUUCUCCGUGAGUAAAACCCAACACCAUCAUCAAGUCUUUUCUGUGUUCUGCUUGUGCCAUAUAAAUAAAGUUGAAUUGAAUUGAAAUUGUCCUCUUGGAGGUAACAUCCUACUCCUACGCCUCCUAUCAAUGUUCUAAUCAAACCAAUAAUUUUUUAUAUAGUUGAAGUGGAAAGUAACGGACGCCUAUCUUUGCUUUCAGGGCUGUUCAAAAUUUUAAGUCUUGUGUCACUAUGAGCUCAUUACCAGUGUCCCUCAGUGGCACUUUUGUAGACAGCAGCAUGGUCUUUAGUAGUUUUAGACAACAGAAAAUCAACAUGAAAAAUUUUUGGAAAAAAAACAAACACAAAAGGAAAAACUGUCCUGCUUCCCUGAAGUUACCUGUGACAAUUAUUCUCCUUUUUCAUUGACCUUCUUCUCGCUGUUUACGUGAUCUGACAUGUUUUUUGAAAAAAGGACAUUUAGCUGAUAUUCCUGCUGACAUGCAGCAUCAAAUACUUCAUUUUCUGAAUGUAUUUUGUAGCUGUUGAAAGUGUCCUUGAGAAUGGGUCAUAUUGGUUAUUUUACAUUUAUUUACUUUAGAUUAAAAUCUCUUACGAUCCAGUGGUUUGGAGGAUCGUGACACCUGUAUUUGCUCUUCCUGUCCUGUGUUGACUCUUGCUGCAUGUUAAUACUUGUUGUGUGUCGAACAUCCUCUCUUGUCUUUGUGAUAGAUGUCUCACAGUAGUUGCUGAACUAGUUUUACCCCUUUGUGCCAAGAAAUGAAAUGAGCAAUAUAUAUUUAAUCUCUGCUGGUGACUUUCAUCCACAGGGCACAAACAUCGCAGCCGGCAAGGCUGUAGGGGUGGUGGUGGCCACAGCUGGAAACACAGAGAUUGGCAAAAUCCGAGAUGAGAUGGCAUCAACAGAGCAGGAGCGGACACCACUGCAGCAGAAGUUGGAUGAGUUUGGACAGCAACUUUCUAAGGUAAUAAGCUAAAUCCUCUUAUUUACAGACACUCUUAACAAUCUUCUGUUAGAAAAAAAAAAACAACCUUAAUUAUCUCAUUGAUUGCAGCUGAUGUGGUUUUUCGAUUAGGUUGUGACCCCUUCUUAUGUAAUUGCAGGUGAUUUCACUGAUCUGCAUCGCUGUGUGGAUCAUUAAUAUUGGACAUUUUAACGAUCCCGUCCAUGGAGGCUCCUGGAUCAGAGGUGCUGUCUACUACUUCAAGAUUGCUGUGGCUCUAGCAGUUGCUGCAAUCCCUGAGGGUAAGCUGGAAGAACUACACAUACGUAAAGCAGAGGUUUCAUUACCAUGGGCUUAAAUUAGACUGCUCACAGAGUUGAUUGAAAUAUUCUCCUUUAUGGGCUGUUUUUAAUUCCUUAUGCAGUAGAUUCAAAUGGUUGUAUUGUCAUUACCUGAUGAAAUAAAAUACUAUUGAAUGACAGUCUCUCUGUAACUGCUCAUCUCCUCUUCAUCGUCUCAUCUCCUUCUCAUCUUAAUCUCUUUCUAUUCUCUUGUGUUUCCGUCUUCCUCCAGGUCUCCCUGCUGUCAUCACUACUUGCCUGGCCUUAGGAACGCGGCGCAUGGCCAAGAAAAACGCUAUUGUCCGCAGUCUGCCCUCUGUGGAGACCCUCGGCUGUACGUCUGUCAUCUGCUCUGACAAGACGGGCACGCUGACCACCAAUCAGAUGUCUGUGUGCAGGGUAAGAGACGAGUGAACCAAAGAGAGAGAGGAAGUCAGAAACCUCUACUACUGGCAACAGAUGCAAAGAUGAUUGUUUUUUGAUCACCAUGUAUUUCAUAGAUAAGUUUGUUAAAAAAUCAUAACAGUAUUCUAGAUUCAGAGAAGGGCUGCCUCUGAGCUUUAUCUGUUAGUCUGUUUGAUAAUCAGUCAGAUGUCUUCUCUGAUAAUGAGAUCAUUUAAAUAUUUAAGAAAUGAAGUCAGAGCAUACAUUUGCUUGACAAAGAGACAGAGAAUAUAUAAUUUUUUUUCUAAUGCAUUUUGUUUUGACUUUGCUAGGUCUUGCCCUCUAAGUCUAAUGUACCCAAUCCAUCACUUCCCAUACCCAGCUGUCAUGUAAAGUGGGCUCAUUAACCUUUAACAGCUGGUUUACAGCGCUUAAACAAUGUUGACAUUGUUGCUCGGCUUCUCAGGGUUCAUAGAAACCAGCUUAACUAUAUGGGUAGCUGUUUUGUCCUUCAGUAUGUCAACAUGAGAGAGUGCCUAGAUAGAGUAUUGAUGGGUUGACAUGACAUAGGAGCAAAGCAAAUUGUGUGUGUGUGUGUGUGUGUGUGUGUGUGUGUGUGUGUGAGAUGACAUUUUUAGACAGAAAUCCUUGGUUAUACGUCUGUUUUAGACCAAGGAUCUUUGACUCAAGUAAAUGGUGUAUCGACUCCUCAGGUCACUUGACCCCAGUGCUCGUAUUAGUCCACUUAAAGGGACACUAGCUGAAAUUCCUUCCAGUACUGUAUGACCAAGGGCACUCAGUGAAAAGACGUAACCACUGAAUGUUAUGAUUCAAAGUUAAUUGUACAUUGGGCAAGAGUAAUAUUUCAUUACAACAGACUCAAGUGGCACAUCAUAAAUUUUAAACAGAGGACAUUGGGCUUUUAAAAUUGAAGCUAGCAAUCAUCCAGCUCCCCCUGAAAGUCACUCAUCUUUAACUGUAUUAUUUGGUUUGUCAUUAGAUAUGUUAUUAAAGUCCAGUGAAUCUGAACAGGACACUGUGCCCAUGAUGGAGGGACCACGGCUCUUGACAUCUUUCCUAGAGCAAAAUAGACAGCCCAGUAAGUGGUGACAGAGUCUGCAGUGGAGGCAGCCGGUCAUUUUCAAAGAGGAAGAAAAAUGUGAGAAAAGUCUAAAAAUAACUGUUGCCAUAUAUGGAAAGAGCAGGGGCUGAAUCCCUUCUGACAUCGAAGAACUAUCAAGCAUAAACUUCUCACAGAGCAAUAAAGCAGCCCUGACAGCCGCUUGCUGACACUGGAGAUUUGUUGACACUAAGCUCUGCUGACACUGAAUGGCUAAUACUAGAUAAUGAGGGAUUUAAUUUAGACAAAAUAAGAUUCAAAGUAUGUGCUGUCUUAAGAUUAAAUUCCUUGCCCUUACAAUCAUAAAUAACUUGAUUAUAUACAUAUACGUACUUCCUGUUUUUAAUAUUAUUCGUUCACAUAAGACCGUUCACACAUGACAUCAAGUUUGCCCUCUUCUGCUCCAUCCCUCCAUCUUUCACGGCGCUCUGCCUCUACCCUUUAUCCUGAUGCCCCCCUGCCUCCUCUCCCCACCCCCCCCUCCGGUUCAGGCAGCAUGCUGAUCAGUAUGCAGUAGUUAGUCACUUGCAGCAGUACCAGCAGUAGAGUUGCAUAACUGACCUUGUAUCGAAAGAUUCCCUCCCUCUUGUGUUUUUGUUCUUCUUCUCUCACAUUUCGAGCAUAAAUUUCAAAUCAAAUGUACACCCAGUAAUUUUGGCCUCAUUUUGAAAACCAUUCUGUUUUUUUUUUUUUUUGGCUGUUCGACAAACACAGACAGAGGAGCUUUGGCCUGAAGCAUCAGCAGCACCCAAACAUCUCAAAUGUACAGCAUUAAGAAACGGUCUUUUCAUUUGAAGUCCUUUUUCCCCCGCUGACUGACUGCACCUCUCGUUGUGGUCUUGAGAGUGCCUGUGGGAUGUGAAGCCAUUAACGCUGGCUCAUCAUUUCAUUCACAUAUUUCUAUUUUUGUCCCCUCCGUGUCUCUGUCCCUCCCUCUUUUGACUUUGGUCAAAGGCGAUGCUUUUCAAGGUGGUUUCUUGAUGAUUCAGAAACACAGGCCACUGCACUGCUCCCACUUACAAUUAAUUUAUUAAGUCCUCAAUCAGUUCCACAUCGCACAACUCUCCUUACCCAAAGGUUUAGCUACUCCAAGUCAAGUUAUUUCUGCCUUAUAUCGAUUUAUUUAGAUACUGUGUACUGAUGUAGCGUGACUACUCACAUGGGAAUUCUGUGUCUGUGUUGCUGCAAGAUGACAUUUAUUGGUCCUCCCUACCCGAGUUUUCAGCGUCUGCUUUGGCUCAGCAUUUUUAUUACUCUUACACUCUGUUUUCAGAUACACUGAUGAUGUAGUUGGGAGUCUCCUGCCACCUGCUGGAUACAUCUUGCAAAUACAGCCUGUGUUGUUGUCCAUAAUAUGUAGAAAAGGACAACUUUUAAAAUGUGCAAAAAUGAAUUUUUAAGUCUUUAGUCAUCAGGUCAUUAACAGUGUGCAUGUCAAUGUUUUUGUUUUCAGAUGUUCAUCGUUGAUCGGGCAGAGGGGGAGCACUGUUCAUUAAAGGAAUUCUCCGUCUCUGGCUCCACUUACGCUCCGGAUGGAGAAGUGUGAGUAUUUAGACUCCUGUGCUGGAGUAUCAUGGUAUAAAAGUAUGUCUAUGACAAAAGUCAGUGCUUUUCGUUGUUCUGAGUCCAGGUGAAACUAAACAGUUAGUCUACUUCUCUUUCAUCCAUACGCUCUGAGUCUUGCGCCCUCUUGUGGCUGACCUCUUGCUUCUUUCUUUGUGCCGCUCAGUUUCAGUGAUAGCAAACCGGUCAAGUGUUCCCAGUAUGAUGCCCUGGUGGAGCUGGCCUCUAUCUGUGCUCUCUGUAAUGACUCCUCGUUGGACUAUAAUGAGGUUGGUAGUGAAUGUAUUUGCAUGUAGACUGGCUCAUAAUUCUUUUGCCUGCCCCCUUUUCUCUGAUUGUUCGUCAUCUCUGUGCGUGUGUGUCCAGGCUAAAGGUGUCUAUGAGAAGGUGGGAGAGGCCACAGAGACUGCUCUCACAUGCCUGGUGGAGAAGAUGAAUGUGUUUGACACAGAUGUCAAAGGCCUGUCCAAGAUCGAGAGAGCCAACGCCUGUAACUCAGUAUGUAACACUGAAGUUAUUUUCCUGCAACACAACCAUGUCCACUGAGACCUUAUGUAGAAUACUAACACACUGGUUUGGUCUUCUUUGUAGGUGAUCAAACAGCUGAUGAAGAAAGAGUUUACACUGGAAUUUUCCAGGGACAGGAAGUCCAUGUCUGUGUAUUGCACUCCUAACAAAGCUCGCUCCUCAGUUGGCAAGAUGUUUGUGAAGGUAAAGGACAAAUGGACCCUUUAAACACUGCAGUGAUUAUGAGAACUUCUGGAGCACAAACAAAUAAUGAUAAUUUCUUUGUAUUGUGAGCAGAUUUUAGAUCAAAAUAAAAUGUUUUUUAACUUGAUAUAUUACAGAAAUGAUGCUCAAGUGAGUCAUGGUACACACAUUUCCCCAAAAUGUGAUAUAAUCCAAUGUUGUACUCAUCAAAAUGUCUCUUGGAUGCUUUUUUUUUUCUGUUCUUUUGGAUCCUCACCCUCCUGUCUGUGCCCGUCCACAGGGUGCCCCCGAGGGAGUGAUUGACAGGUGCACACACAUCCGUGUAGGCAGUGCCAAGGUGCCCUUGACGGCUGGCAUCAAAGAAAAACUCAUGUCUGUGAUCAGGGAAUAUGGAACUGGCAGGGACACUCUGCGCUGCCUAGCUCUAGCCACCAGAGACAGCGCCAUGAACAAGGACGACCUCGUGUUAGAGGACUCCACCCGCUUCGUUGAAUAUGAGGUGGGAUUGAUGUGGUCACUGAAUCCUUAUAUCACUCUGUCUCACCUUUGAUUUCGGCUAUAUGGUCAGAUAAUAAGUUCAAUCACCUGAAUGUUGCUUCUUUUUUCCAUCAUCACACAGACUGAUCUGACAUUUGUCGGCUGUGUCGGCAUGUUGGAUCCUCCCAGAGCUGAGGUGGCAGCCUCUAUCAGACUCUGCCGACUUGCAGGCAUCCGGGUGAUUAUGAUCACUGGAGACAACAAAGGUAUGGAGACAAAUUUACGUCUUCUUGGAGAGAACAUUUUGACUGGCUAAAAAAUGCUCUACCAACAUGCAAACUUACCUGAAUUAAACACAGAGAAAUAAACAUGUUCUCCUUUGUAUCUCAGGUACAGCAGUGGCCAUAUGCAGGCGCAUUGGGAUUUUUGGAGAGGAAGAUGAUGUCUCCAGCAUGGCGUUCACUGGCCGGGAGUUUGAUGAUCUGUCACCUGCUGCUCAGAGAGAAGCUGUUGUCAAAGCCCGCUGCUUUGCCCGAGUCGAGCCUUCACAUAAAUCCAAGAUUGUGGAGUAUCUGCAGUCCUACGAUGAGAUCACAGCUAUGGUAAGACAAAUCUGACUAAUUCUAACCACCAUCUGUUGUAUUUUUCUCUUUUGAAGGAUCCUCUACUAAGUGCAGUUUCCUCUAGAAUAAUAAAAAAAUAUAUAUUUAAAGGACUCAGAAGAGAAUUAGAUAACCUCAAGUUAAUGUCAUUGAAGCAAAAGAUAAACAAAAAUCUAAUUUCUCCCUCAGACUGGUGACGGAGUGAAUGAUGCCCCUGCGCUAAAGAAAGCUGAAAUCGGUAUCGCCAUGGGCUCAGGCACAGCUGUUGCCAAGACAGCGUCUGAAAUGGUGCUGGCUGAUGACAACUUUUCCACCAUCGUAGCUGCGGUCGAGGAAGGCCGGGCCAUCUAUAACAACAUGAAACAGUUCAUCAGAUACCUCAUCUCCUCAAACGUGGGCGAAGUCGUCUGGUAAGACUGUCCCCCACCCAAACACAAACCACUGCGGUACAACCAAAGUCCUCUAAAGCAAACCCACAGGAUUCACCUUUUUAUUUUCCUUGCCUGCAGCAUCUUCCUGACUGCUGCUCUUGGGUUCCCUGAAGCCCUUAUCCCUGUUCAGCUGCUCUGGGUCAACCUGGUGACCGAUGGCCUGCCUGCCACAGCUUUAGGCUUCAACCCACCUGACUUGGACAUCAUGAGCAAGCCGCCCCGUAAUGCCCGCGAGCCCCUCAUCUCGGGAUGGCUGUUUUUCAGAUACCUGGCCAUUGGUUGUAAGUGGCUGCUGCAUGUAACACGCCUGUGUUAUUUUGUUGUUUAUGGCAUAGGUACCCUUCAUAUAGUCCUCUGUUCCUGUUGUUGUUCAUACAAACAUGUUAGUGGAAGCUUUGAAUGGUCUAAAUCAGGCAGUCAUACUGCUGCACAGCUUCAUCAAUAGUGUGUCACAUAGUUUGUCAGCCAAGUGAAUUCCCACCAGAAAAAACAUUUUUGGGGAAAGAAAAAAUGACAGCUGAUAGUGGUUCUGGAUCAUGUAUAUGUUUUCAUCUUUGUGUGGGACAGUAGUGGUGAGUUCCACUACAGAAUCAUGUCCGUUUUUAAAGCAGUGCUGCCUGAAGAUUAUGACCAUCAUGAAUCAUUUUUCAGCCUUGUCGUUUUUGUGUGUAGAUUUCUCUGGAUUCUCUCUGUCUUUACAAAUAGUUAGUCUCCUUCUUCUUUGCCUUUUUCUAACAUUGUGAAGUGGUUUUCUCAUGCAGCGUCUCACAGAGUGAUGAACCUUUUCUCAUCUUCAGUUCUGAGAGACUCAGCCUCUCAGGAAUUCCCUUUUUAUACCCAGUCAUGCUACAAACCCUUUCCAAAUUAACCGAAGGAGUUGUGAGAUGUUUCCCUUUGUUGUUUGUUUUGGAUUUGGGGUUAUUGCUCAAACAGGUCGUAUCUUUUCUUGCGUGUUCAUCAGGUUAUGUUGGUGCUGCCACUGUUGGUGCUGCUGCCUGGUGGUUUGUUGCAGCUGAGGAUGGUCCAAGGAUCACCUUUUACCAGCUGGUAUGAACUCCAACAUGAUAACUGCUGUCUUCUCUAUCACCAGUAUAAACUAACCAUUAUAAACCACCGGCUUUAAUGGAUUAUUGUUCUACACAACUUGUUGCAGAGUCAUUUCCUGCAGUGUGGUCCUGAGAAUGAAGAUUUCACGGACCUAGACUGUAAGAUUUUUGAGUCUCCUUACCCAAUGACCAUGGCCUUAUCUGUGCUUGUCACCAUUGAGAUGUGCAAUGCCCUGAACAGGUAAGUUGAGGCAUCCUCUUAGCAAUCAUAACCAGUCAGUAUUCAGGUCCAACAUGUCAGUUAUCGUCAGUUUUAACAGAUCUUGCCGUUUAUGAUCAACUAUGCACUUCACAUUUUAUGCUGUUCUUGUAAACUUGAGGCCUUUUUCAUCUCUUAAAAGUCUGUAUUUCAACACCCUGUUGUCGUCUGUUUGUUUUGAUCUACAAAAUCCUGUGCUCUGCGUGGGUUGAUAAACACAUUUCAUAUGUUUAGGUAUUCUUUCUCAACUGAGUGAGUGAGUGUUUAACAAACAGUUCGAUUUGUCUCUUGUUGCUCAGCGUGUCAGAGAACCAGUCCCUGCUGAGGAUGCCUCCUUGGGAGAACGUUUGGCUGCUGGGAGCCAUCUGCCUCUCCAUGUCCCUUCACUUCCUCAUCCUCUAUGUGGAACCUCUGCCUGUGAGAAACAUUUGUUUGUUCUAGCACAUAAAAUAUGACACUUCUCCGUGUUGUCAUGCAGAGCUCUCGCAGUAUACUGCUGGCAGUAUGACAUUGUACGAAAAGAAAGCAUAUGGAAGAACAAAUUUGGUCAUGGUAGGAGAGGAUGUUGGUUUUUCACACUGGUUGCCAGCUGCCAUAAGAAAAGACCUGCUCACCAGCUAGCUUUGGCAGAAAACUAUCAUCAGUAAAUAUAAUUUAAUCCAGAAACAGUGGAUGCCUCUUUAGGAUGCUAAUACAUUUAUCAUUUCCAGAUUUUCUCUGUUCUUUUCAGCUGUUUUCAGUCAGUGUCAUCACUCACAAUGUUCCGGGAGUACUGUUUCAUUUAGUUGUAUAUUUUUUUCAAAAUAAAAGCAUGUUUGAGGAGAUACUAGAUAAAAAAUGUGUACUUAAAAUAUACCAAAAAUUGUAUAUUUGACAUUUUGGGAACCUCCAAGUGUUUGUGGGAACCAUAUCAUACAUAAUCUCACAGAGAAGAAAAUGUUGAAUGUUUGUUCAAGAGGGCUGGGGACAUGAAUAACACAACUUUAAACAGCACUAUAAAUGGAUGAUGACAUUGGGUCAGUUUGUGGUGUUUCUUGGUCAAUCUUUAAAGGCAGUGCUGCUCCUCCCUCUUCCUGCUUUUCCCCGAUUUGGCUGAAUGCUUCUGUAGUUUCUAGAUUCUCCAUAAAUAUCUGGAUAAAAAUGUUGCUGUGAUUUUUUUUUUUUUUUUGCUGUGUUGAUUAUGUAGUAAAAAUCUGCUAUCGCUCAUAUUUACUCAUAUUAUUUUUAACCAUCAAUGACUUGUGUUCUGUGUGCCUCUGUGUAGAUCAUCUUCCAGAUCACCCCUCUGAACCUGACCCAGUGGCUGAUGGUGCUAAAGAUCUCCCUGCCUGUCAUCCUCCUGGAUGAGUUCCUCAAGUUUGCAGCCAGGAACUACCUGGAGCCGGGUAAAGAGCUGGAGAAGCCCGCCAGCUCCAAAGGCUGCUGCCUGUCUGCAUGCAUGGAGGGCAUCUCCUGGCCCUUCGUGGCCGUCUCCCUCCCCCUGGUCCUCUGGAUCUACAGCUCCGACACUAACAUGGCCGACAUGUUCUGGUCCUGACUGACUUGAGCACAACCUUGACUCUUUCCAUCCCCCCACCCCCACCCCCACCUCCACCCAUCCACCCACCACCAUCACUUCCCUCCUCCCUCUCCCUCCUCCCUCUCUGCCUUUCUACAUGUGCAUAGCUAGUGUGUGUGGGCGUUUGUAGAGUUAGCGUGUAGUUACGGAUGCGUAUCGUGUGUGUAUGAGAAGGACCAACUUUAACACAUAAGACAUAACAAAUAAUAUAAGAAGUUAACAUUUAGAAGUCAGCUGGUUUGAAGCUGGGACAGGAUUUAAGAUUAAGGCUUUAAUGUGAGUGUUAGAAGACCGUCACUCCUGUAGCUGUGGACUUCAUCGCUGGUUUCAAAGAGUUAUUCUGACUUUUUUUAAUGUCCUUACUGCCUUUAAGGUUUCUAAUUUUAAUGAUUUUGAGGAUAUCACUUGUCUCAUAUCACUACAGUGACAUCAACUUGUUUUGUUUAACUCAUGACCAGAAAAUUUAGAUACCUUGACAUUAAUUUUGCUGUACAGUGAUUGAAUUCCAUGCAAUUUUUUAUGGAUUUGUACAUUUUUUUUUGGACCAGCGUGGCUUAAACAUUCCGCCUUGAUUUCUUUUCUGAUGUUUACCAUUGUGUCUUCAGUAUACACUCAGAACUCUUACAGAGAGGACAGACUCCGUGUGGUGGACAAGGACGGGGACAGGUUUGGGAGUGACCGUUCGAAUGCUCUCCUUAAACAAAAAGAAAAAAAAAUCCCUGCAAAACGAAACAUAAGCCGCAUGUCCUGUGACCAAGCAUGAAUUCUGUGUGGUUUCUCAUUCUAAUUUAAUGGUGUUUUCCCCCCCGUGUUAGAGUACAAAUUAACUUAAUGGAUGUUUUCUUUUUUUUUUACUCAAAUGUUUUGAAGAGAAGCCAGUUUUUCUGCACUGGGCAGAGCACAGCUACCUCAAUAUGAUAAAAAAAAAGAUAUUAUUUUUUGCUCAUCUCUAGAUGCUUUUCCAGAAUGGUCUUGCUGAAGUGUAACAUCUGAGGUGUGCCCCCUAUUUGCUUGUGCAGAAAACCAAGAACAAAAUUUGCCCCGCCCUCCUCCUCUACCAUUUUUAAGGAUAUACUUUGUUUGUAUUGAUUUUUGACAUUCUUAACUUUAUUUGUUUGCUUUGGAGACUGAACUAACUUGGAAUGACUUUUGUGGUUUACGUCUCUGGGGCGUUUGAUUCAAAGGAUAGUAAUAUUAAAAAUGAUAAGAAAAUACUAAUUCAGAACGUACUCCAAAUGAACUUGGACUGCAAAUCCCAAAAUGUUGUUUUUUUACUCCAAGGAAAAUACACUCAUAAACCCUUUGAAUCAAAGUGUUUUCUGUCUUUAUUUAUUAAAAUCAUCGAGGUUGACAUUUUCAUAUCCAGUGUUAUUUGUAUGUGUAUUUAAUACUUGAAUACAGAUCAUUUCACUCAUGAAUGCUCCAGUUUUUUUGGCACAACAUGACAGGCAGGAGAAAUUCACCACACAGAUCUUGAUCUUUGACUUUUCUAGGCUUGAAUAUUUUGAGGUCUUGGUUUGUGAUGUACAAACAUUGAAAAGAGAGCCCAUAUUGUCAAUGGCACUAAUUCCUGACCACCUAAGCAUUGUUUUUUUUAGCAGAAAACUUCCACGUUCAGUAGGAAAAAAUCAUCUUCAGCAUGUGUUUGGGGUGGAAGCCUGGUUUGUUGGCACUGUGUGUAUGUGUUCCACUUAACAACUGUGUGCUUUUCUUCCUCAAUGCCUCCACUGGCUCCCCUGUCACUAGAGUGAGUAUUCAUUUGCUUUUUUUCAUUCCACAUGCAAGUCACUACAGUGGUGAGCGAUCGAACAAGACAACAGAAGAGACAUAAUUCCUAAUAAGAGAUUUAAGUGACGAUUUUUUCAAAUCUGCUCCAUGACUGCAUGCAUUCAACCACAAACACAUAUACGACAGGUGUUAAGAAAAGCAGGAAAAACUAUAAACUUUUGUGCAUUAAAUAUUUGUGCACACAUGCAGUGAAAAAAUCUCCUGGUAACUUGUAUGAAAUAUAACUAUUUGAGGAGUUCUGGCUUGCAGGUUCAGCGAUGAAGAUUAUCUUAGGGAACCUAUUUUGAGCACAAGCCACUAGUGUGAAUGCCACUGUGUGCUGUUCCUUUCACCUCUCCCACACUUGCUUACAUUCACAAAGCCAGUAUCUACAAAUGAAGAUGGUUGAAAUACAGUUUUAACAUGAGUUAGUCUGAAAAUUCUCAUUGGUUUAUAACACUUUUUUUUUCUCUCUCCCUUUAGGUUGGCUCUCGUAAAAGCUUCUGCAUAACGACAGUGUGCUCAGAGGCUGGACCUAUCCACUAUCCAGCAUGUUUGCUCACUCUGAACUUCCCACACCUCAGACAACAUGACCAGCAUUGUGUGUGUAUAUCAUUGCACAGACAAAGAGAGGACGAGCUUUCACAGUAACGAGACCAAAUCGUAAAGGUGCGAACAUCUUUGCACCACAAUACAAACCACGAACCACACACAUAUUUCCUAACACACUCAUACCUCUGUGUGCAGAUGCUCUAUCAACAUAAUAUUCCAGUUUGUGUGCAGGGAAGUUCUUAACACCCUCGACGUCCCUCCUUGCAUGAAGAACUCGUUUCCGACCUCCAUGGUAGCUUUGUCACGUAGAGAAUCUUAGAAACACGAGGUUGAAUGGUCUUAGCUGUACAUCAGUGUACAAAAACAUUCAUGCAUGCGUUCCAGCUGUAUGUAGGCUUUGCAAUUUGUAUUUAUAGAUUCUAAUGUAUUAUACUCAAAUGACAUAUUAAGAUGGUUUUAAGAUGGAUUUAUCAAAGAUGCUAAGAAAUCACUGUUUUUAAGGUAACGGUUUGGGUAAUUUGCACAAUAAACGACAUAGAGAAAUGACUCGAGCUGAACUUGACUGUGCUCUACUUGAGAUAAUUUUUUUUUAAACUUUAAUUUUGGUCACUUAAGCAUUUACUUUAUGAAUAAUUAAUCCUUUGCAAUGAGGACAAUGGACUUACACUUUGAUUCAAUGGUAAUCCUGCAAUACAACAAUGUUCUCCUGUUUCUUAUCUUUGCAUUAUUAAUAUUAUUAUGUAUCUUCAACAACUGCUGUAAAACUGUGAUCCAAUGUAAGGGGGUGUGUGCUGUCUCCUCAGCAACACAUGGUCGAAGAACAAUAUUAACCAUAUGUAAAAAGUCGAUCAUUAUUGAUAAGUAAUAAUGAUUGUACAUGCAUUACUGAGGUUGUGGUUUCAGGUAAAUAAACAAUAUAGUAUUUGGAG